CGCCGCGAUGCGCAGAGGGGCCGCGUCGCUCGGGGGCCGCCGCCGCCGCGCCGCACCAUGAAGCUCCGCAGCAAGGCGGCGGCGCUGCUCCUGCUCGCGCUGGCAGCGCUGCUGCUCGCGCUGCUGUCCCUGCGCACCGGCCGCGCCGCACCCCCCGCCCCGCUCGCGCGCCCAGCGUCUGUCCUGCCGCGACGCCCCGUGCCGGCCCCCGCGCGCCUCCCGGGCCUGGGCGCCCUUCCCGGGGCCGGCCAGGGCCCCCGCCGGCGCUCGCCACCGCGUCUGCGCCCCCGAGCCGGCCGUCGAGGCGCUGCGAGCCUGAAGAAGUUGGUGAGGAGGCCUGUAGAAUCCAGAAGUUUCCAAGUUGUGCUGCCCCACGAGCUCUGGAUCCACCUGGCUGUGGUGGCCUGUGGCAAUCGGCUGGAGGAGACGCUGGUCAUGCUCAAAUCAGCCGUGCUCUUCAGCCACAGGAAGAUGCAAUUUCAUAUCUUCACAGAAGAAUCUCUGAAGCCAGAGUUUGACAAGCAGCUACGACAGUGGCCUGACUCCUAUACAAAGAAGUUUGAGCACAGAAUCUACCCCAUCACAUUUUCGGUUGGAAACCCUCAGGAAUGGAAGAAAUUAUUCAAGCCCUGUGCUGCCCAGAGACUCUUUCUACCGGUGAUUUUAAAGGAUGUGGACUCCCUUCUUUAUGUGGACACUGACGUUCUCUUUCUGAGACCUGUCGAUGACAUCUGGAAGCUUCUGAGGCAGUUUAAUUCCACGCAGCUUGCAGCCAUGGCCCCUGAGCACGAGAUCCCCAAGAUCGGCUGGUACAGCCGCUUUGCCCGGCACCCUUUCUAUGGCUCUGCGGGAGUAAACUCAGGAGUCAUGCUGAUGAACCUGACUCGGAUAAGAAGUGCACAGUUCAAGAAUAGCAUGAUUCCAACAGGCUUGGCUUGGGAGGACAUGCUGUACCCUCUGUACCAGAAGUACAAGAAUGCCAUCACAUGGGGAGACCAGGACUUAUUAAAUAUUAUUUUUUAUUUCAACCCAGAGUGUCUCUACGUGUUCCCCUGCCAGUGGAACUACCGUCCUGAUCACUGCAUGUACGGGAGCAACUGCAGAGAGGCUGAGCAGGAAGGUGUGUCUGUCCUGCAUGGUAACCGAGGCGUCUACCAUGACGAGAAGCAGCCGACUUUCAAAGCACUCUAUGAAGCAAUCCGGGAUUUUCCUUUUCAAGACAAUCUCUUUCAAUCCAUGUAUUACCCUCUUCAGCUGAAGUUUUUGGAGACUGUGCACACUUUGUGUGGACGAAUCCCACAAGUUUUUCUGAAGCAAAUUGAGAAAACCAUGAAGAGGGCUUAUGAGAAACAUGUCAUCAUCCGUGUGGGCCCCAACCAGAUGCACUGAGUAAUUCACAUUGUUGCAAGUCAAUUAGGCAUCUCACCAAGGAGGAAAUACUCACCUUCAAGCUGCCUGGAUCUCUUUUACGUGAAUAUUUCAUGGUGCUCUAUGAAAGUUAACUUUAAAAAGCCUUGUUAAAUGUUGCUGAAUUAGUUGCCCCUGAAAGGAAAUGUUUUAAUUUUUUUUUCUCAAAUGCUAUUUAUCUCUUUGUCUUUUUUUUUUUUUUAAUGACGUUGUUGCUCUUUAACAUUGUUGCAGCAGGUUAAGCUAGCUGUGAAAAGGAACUCUUGUGAGCCUUCCAGUUUCUAAAUGUCUGACAUAAUGUCAGUGGCAUCUGACGUGGCAUAUUUAUCCAGCACUUUCUGUGCAGUUGGUUCCCCCAACCCUUGUUGUCGUUUUGGGGGUUUGUGUGUGUUACCCCCUUUCCUUGUUAUAAAAGUAAUACAUGAUGGUUGUAAAACAAACACAUUUUUAAAACUUAUAAGGAAUAUAUAGGUCAGUGGACCAGAAUCAAGGUGAGAUUAGUUAUAAUCCUGUUCAACCAGGGGAAAUGAUUGUUUUUUUAGUGUAGUCCCUUCUAGCCUUCUUCUCCCUGCCUCUAUAUUUAUCUGCUGGUUGUCUUCUCCAGCGUAAUACAUAUCUAAAACAGGUAGCCUAAGUAAACGUCAGUCCCUGUUCUGAGAAUUUUAUGUCAGAGAUAAGAAAUAUAGACAAAAUGAUUUUAUUUACAGCACUUUCUUUAAAAUCUGGGAGAACCACAUUUUAGUUAAUUGGGCAGUGGUAAAGGAUGAAGCAUAUUGGGGGAGGGGGUUUAAGAAAAAUUUGUUUAGAUUUUCCAAGUCAUAAGAAAUAACUAGAAGUUCCUGUUGUGGCUCAGUGGUUAACAAACCCAACUAGUAUCCAUGAGAACACAGGUUCGAUCCUUGGCCUUGCUCAGUGGGUUAAGCAUCCGGUGUUGCCAUGGGCUGUGGGGUAGGUUGCAGACUUGGCUUGGAUCUGGUAUUGCUGUGGCUGUGGCGUAGGAAUGCAGCUACAGCUCUGAUUCGACCCCUAGCUUGGGAAUUUCCAUAUGCUGUGAAUGUGGCGCUAAAAAGACAAAAGACAAAAAAAGAAAGAAAAGAAAAGGAAAAAAAGAAAUGGCUAUUCAGCCACAGCUUCUGAAAUUCAGUAAUUGUGUUAAACCUAAAGAGGUCUGUUUAGCAAAGAGAUGUGAUAAUGCAAAUUUUUUUUUUUUUUUUUUUUUUGUCUUUUUGCUAUCUCUUGGACCGCUCCCACAGCACAUGGAGGUUCCCAGGCUAGGGGUCCAAUCGGAGCUGUAGCCACCAGCCUAUGCCAGAGCCACAGCAACGCAGGAUCCGAGCCUCAUCUGUGACCUACACCACAGCUCACAGCAACGCCAGAUCGUUAACCCACUGAGCAAGGGCAGGGGUCAAACCUGCAACCUCAUGGUUCCUAGUUGGAUUCGUUAACCACUGCGCCAUGACGGGAACUCCUGAUAAUGUGAUUUUAUGUUUACCAACAAACAAAAAUAAUUUACCUCUUUUACCUCUUUGUGGCCUUCUCUCUUUAAACUCUUGAAAAAUAGGUGGAAAUUAAAGGCCAACUUGGAAAAUCAUGUGUAUAAAUCCAUAGUUCAGCAGAUUCCAUUGGCAAGAAAAUUCAACUUCCUACCAGCCUUCAAAAAUUCUCUCAAAUGUUUUUUUCUUCUCUAGGGUUAUCUGGCUGUUAGCCAAGGAAAAAGGCAGGUCUUAUCACCUAGCUACAGUAGAGGAAGUUCUAUAUUCUUUCCCCAAAGGGAUCUAAGUUAAGCUCUAGUUGCUCAUGUAGCUACUCUUAGCAUAAGGGCAUUUUGCAUAAGGCUUGAUUUAUCUCAGAAAACUUUUGCAUAAAUGAUCUUGAUGUUUGCAACAGCCAAGUGAACUUAGUAGGGGCCUGUAUCAUCUCCACAAGGCAAAUAAAAAAAUUGUAACACAAAGAAAUAAAUAUAUCCAAUAUAAUUACUGUUUUUUAAGGCAUACAGAUGUGUACAAGAUGCAUCUUGUUUUACAGAGAAAUUUUUGGAAACAAAAAUAUUAAAUACUUUUCAUCGUAUAUAGACAGUGAUCUGAAAGUACAAAAUGAGUUUUUUUAAUUUUGGUAUUGCAAAUGUGGUAUCCUAUAUAUUUGAAUCUGGUAGGAUAUCAGAUUCUAUAGCAGCAAAAGAUGUCUUACUUUGCAAAAAUAUUCGAAAACCUCAGCACUACCAAAAAAUACGUAAAUGUCAAUCAAUAUUAAUAUGUAGCACCAUUAUGGUAGUAACAAAUUUAAACCUAAAAUGGUUGAGUAAUAACCCAUACUUUCCUUUUGAUACGUUGGGUGGUCUGUGGUUUGUUAUUUUUGUUAAGGGAAAUUACCAUUAUGAUGUGAAACUCAUCUUUGCUGUUGUAUUUUGUUUCCUUAUUUCACCACUAAAGGUGACAUCACUCAUUAUUUUAUAUCUAAUGCAUGUGGGAGAAUUUCUGGAUGGGCUUUUGGAUGGGGAAAAUGCAUCCUAUACACCCAUAAAAAGAGUUUUGAUGGAAGAGCCAGGAUAUAAGAUGAUUCCCUGACUUCCAUUCAAGUUUUCUUUCUACUUGUUCAACAUGGCUAGUAAACCCCACACAUGUCACUCAGAUCUCCUGGUGGCUCACAGACCUAAAGAAGUUCCUUUCCUGCUUUCGCAAGUCCUGCCAAAAAAAUCUGCUUGUAAAGACUUGAAAUACAACAGUGCCUUUUCUGACAGCCUUGUUUACCCAUAACUCUCAACUAUUGGUUCUGGGCCUCAAGAUGCACAAUACAAUUUCCAGCAAAGGUCAGUGAUAAAACUCUAAAACAUUCUAGAAUAGUGCAUUAUGAGCAUGUGAAAACUUAGAACUUGGUAUGGCUUUCUGCAUUGUAAUUCCUUUGCUGUAACCUGAAAGGUUAGGUGAGUUUGGUAGAAAAUUUAGAAAAAAAUCUCAUCUUCCAAUCCCCACUGCAAACAUGCUCAUUGUUUUCUGUAGUUAGGAUGUUACCACGAGGGAGUAUUUUCUCUGCCUUGGAUAAUUUUCAAAAAACUACUACAUUAGCACCUUUGAAAUAUGAUGACCACACAUUUAAAUUCAGUGGACUCCUAAAACAUUCAGUCUGUGGUCUAAAGUUUGCCAAAGGUUGUGUUGCCCCAUGUGGCACAUUGAAUCUGUAUGGGUUGAGCCUGGGUCUGGGUUUCUGCUGUCCUCCUAUCUCUUGUCCUGUCUUCUUCUUGUUUCCUUUAAAAUUUUGUUUAAUGCUUGACUACAGAGUUCUAUUGGAGAAUGAAAGAACACUUUUUUUUUUUUUAAUUUCCUUUUUUAGGGCCACACCUGUAGCAUAUGGAAGUUUCCAGGCCAGGAGUCGAAUCAGAGCUGCAGCUACGGGCCUAUCCAAGCCACAUCUGAGAACUACAAAACAGCUCAUGGCAAUGCUGGAUUCUUAACCCACUGAGCAAAGCCAGGGAUUGAAACUCCUUCCUCCCACUGAGCCACAAUGGGAACUCUGAAAGAAUACUUUCUAAUAGCAAAAUAUGGUAAUAUUUUUGUGUGCAUGACAAUCGAGACUGGCAAUAGCAUGGUCACUCAGAAUGCUGACCAUAUUUGUCACGCUGAGUUUUCUCCCCAAUAUAAAUCUCUGAAAUUGUGACUUACAUUGGAAAUUCCAAUUUUUGAACAAUUAACUGGCUAAAGAAUCUUAAGUUGUCCUUCAACUUCCAAAAUGACAAUUUAGGGUAUAUUGCUCCAAGCUUAAUUAUGUAUUUGAAAUGUCUGUCAUAUUCAGUGCCUCCAUUGCAAAUUAUUGUGACUUCUACUGAAUUUAUUGUUGAAAUAGAUAUGUAUACAGACUCAUAGAGGUUGGUGAGUAUUUAUUUCAUUGGAAUUUAUGGCAAGUAAAUCAUAAAAAACCUUAUUCACAGUCACAAAAUAGUGAUCCAAUAAUGGAAUAAUCCCUGCAACCCACCCUAAAGACAGCACAGCAUUCAUACAGAUUCAGGAUUAGGUAUAAAUAUUGUAUGAUACUUAUACAGAAAAAGAUAAAUUUCAUGUGUAGGAUAAACCAAAAACAUGAUUUCAUGACUGAACUCAGAAAUACAUUGAAUUUAGGAGUUCCCGUCGUGGCGCAGUGGUUAACUUUUUUGAGGUUGCGGAUUCGGUCCCUGCCCUUGCUCAGUGGGUUAACGAUCCAGCAUUGCUGUGAGCUAUGAUGUAGGUUGCAGACACGGCUUGGAUCCUGCGUUGCUGUGACUCUGGCGUAGGCCGGUGGCUACAGCUCCGAUUCAACCCCUAGCCUGGGAACCUCCAUAUGCCUCGGGAGCAGCCCAAAGAAAUAGCAAAAAGACCAAAAAAAAAAAAAAAAAAAAAAAAAAAAUCUAUAAAAAAAAAGAAAAGAAAAGAAAUACAUUGAAUUUAGAAAUACGUAUCAUGUUGUGGGAGUACAAAUCAUUAUGUCUUCAUUUAUUAGUAUGGUAAACAAGUUUCCUUAUGUUUUUCUGCAUGUUGCCUACAUUUUUAUCUUCAUCAUUCUUUUCUUUUUUUACCCGCACCUACAGCAUGUGAAAGUACCUGGGCCAAUGAUCAAACCUGAGCCACAGCAGCAACCCCAGGCCACUGCAGUGACAACAUCAGAUCUUUAACCCACUGCACCACCAGGGAACUCUUCUUCUUCAUCUUUUUUUGUUUUUACGUUUCAUUUCCUGUCUUUGAUGUUAGCUUCCCAGGGGCACCAAGGUGCUUGGAAUCAGUGCCAGAGCCAUGACACCUGGGAUCCCUGUGCCGGCAGAUUGAGUUCUGAUCCUAAGGUCAAAUCUUUAUGAUGAGAAAUUUCCAAAAUUAAAAAAAAAAAAAUCACACAACAUGUACACACACACACACACACCACAAGCCUUUUUAAAAAAUACUCAGCGUUUGUUGUGCUUUGUUUGUUGUGCUUUGUUUGUUGAAGGAUCAUAGUGACCCCUUGGGUGAAAUCAUUUCACAGUUGCCAUGUUGGUUUUUAAAACUGGCAAACAGAGAAAGUUUUACAGGUCAAAACUGGAAAUACUCUCUUGAGCUUUAAGAUAAAGUGCUUAUGUUUGUAUCACCACGUGCAUGAAUAUGUAAGAAUCAGAUGUAAUUUCUGCUUCAUCAGUUUUACAUGUUUGUGUUGUCACUGAAAAGUGCACCUGUUGUUUAUAACUCCCAAGGAGAACCUGAACGCAUUUUUAUGAUGGAAAACUUUUAUUUUUUAGUGAUUCUUUUCUUUGGGAAGAAGUGAGCAAAAGAAAGAACACUAAAGAAAAAGAAUUAUUACAGCAAAUUAAAAAGAACAUGGUAUUAUGACUUAAUUACUAUCUUGUCUUUUUAAAUGCCAUCUCCUCUUUUACUUUUUUAAUUAAAAGUUUUUUUUUUAA